AUGCGCCACACUCAAGCUGAGAAGUCCAUGAUGGGCGUGAUCAACCUGUUUCACAAAUACAUCAAACCCGAUGGCAUGAUUGACAAGCCAGGCCUGCUGAAGAUGCUGAAAGAGAAUUUCUCCAACUUCCUCAAGGCCUGUGACAAAAAGGGCAAGGGUUACUUGUACCAUUUUUUUGAGGAAAAGAACAAAAAUGAGGAUAAGAUUCAGUUUUACGAGUUUCUCUCCUGGGUGGGAGACAUAGCCAUGGACUACCAAAAUCAGAGUCAUGGACUAGCACUCUGUUCUGGGAGCAGCCAGUGA